AUGGAUCGGCCACGAAUAAUCAAGCUCCAGCCUGCACACACAGCGCACAGCUCAGACGAGGACUGGUCCGAUGAGGAGAAGGAGUUUGCGUUCUUGGAGCGCACUUUCGAAAGGCCCAUGGCCGCUUCCUACACUCUCUCCAGUCUGCGUAACCAGUUGGAUCCUGUCUAUGGUGAUCUCAACCUGGACCCAUCGUACCGUCGCCGUGCGUCUUCUUUGUCCGUCCUUGCCACGAUAUCGAGCUCACCGCGAUGCGACCUCAUUUCAGACACUCCGCCGUGGGAUGACGAGAAGCAGAUGAGGUUCAUUGACACCCUCUUUCGUGGCAUCUACGCGCCGUCGAUCAUCUUCGCCCCAGCCAACGUCCGGAACUCCCGUCGUUAUAAGCGGGUCUGCAUCGAUGGGAAGCAGCGCUUGACGGCGAUAUACAGGUUCAUGGAAGGAGAGAUACCCUGUGCUGCGACCGGAAACCGGUACUGGUAUAAGGUAAAACGUGGCGAAGAAGCAAGCGAAAAGAAAGUCAUUUCGGAGCAGUAUCGUCGGCGAUUUGACACUACCAUGGUCAUUGCCAUCGAAUACAAGAAACUUCUCAAUGAAGCACAGCAGCGUGAGAUCCACGAGGUGCGUCCUAGUCGAAGGGAUAAGGAGUACCAUUGA